AUGCCAACUAUUACUCUUAACUGUUUGGUCGUAGGUGAAAACCCUUAUGAAAUUGCUUUCAACAUCAAGAUGAACUUGACAAAGACGGUUAGUGAACUUAAGGAAGAAAUUAAGACAAAGAAGCAAGCAUUUCGCAUCCCAGCCAGCCGACGUCCCGUUAAAGCAAAGAGAACCAUCGUAAUAGAGGCAAUGGUAGGUGUAUUACAAUUGAUAGGAAAACCAUCAUACAAUUUUAAAUUUAAACUAGCCACGACAACUACUAACAUCACCACCUUGGGCAAGGCAUUAAGUGACGAUUCUGAACUUGGCGGUAUUGCAAGAAGAUUUUUGAGACAGAACGAAUUCUUCGAGAAUGAUAAGGCGAAGCUUUAUUUUCUGCGUAAAAAGAGAAAGGAUGAAGUGAAGAUAUGUACAGAGACGACAUUAAGUAUGGCGAACGAAAGACUUGGUGUCACAAACGAAAUUGCCCACCAAAAUUCUCUUGAUCGUUUGAAGGAAAUAGCAGAGAAAGAAAGUCUCUCAGAUGAAGGAGACUAUGAAGAACCUGGGGACGAGGAUAAACCCAGUAAGGAAAAUCCUCGUCAAGUAUUCCUGUCGAAAUCGAGAGUAGCAACACCCAAACCGUGCUAUUUUGAUGGACUUCCUAUUCAUGCUGGAUACUCACUUAUGGCGGAGGACUGGAUAACAGAUGGUGUAAACUUAAGCAAUAAUUUGAAGGGAACUGGGCUAGUCUCGAAACGUUUUCAUCAGCAAGUGUCUGAAGGAUUUGAAAAUGUUUGGGUUGAGUUAAAGGGUGGUGUUGGUACUCGUCAUGAAUCCGAAAACAGCAACAAUCGUGAGGACAUAGACGUGGUUUCUCGAGUUGCACGUUCUUUAUCAACGAUAUUUGCAUUAAUUACCGAUUUACAAAUUUAUGCCAAUUUACAAGCCAGUAAAUUGGCAUUUCAUCAAAUUAGAUCUUCGACAAGAAGUUUUGAUGCGAUUCUACGCCAAUCAAGGCAAAAAGAUUUCGGGCAUGACAGAAUUCUCUUACAUCAUGGUAUGUCAUGUUUUUCCUGCUUACAAUCUCAAUGA